CAUGCGCGUUGGCAUACACACAUUUGUUUUCGCGUGGUUGCCAACCUUUGUUUCUUUUCCGUUUCCCGUAAUCUAUCAAGAUGAAGAUCGGACUCUGUGUUUAUAGCGGAUACAAAAUACAUCCAGGCCAUGGUAAAACCAUGGUUAAAGCCGAUGGAAAGACGUUUACUUUCUUAAAUUCAAAGUGCGAGGCCGCUCAUUUAAUGAAAAGGAAUCCUCGUAAAGUAACGUGGACUGUAUUUUACAGACGAAAACAUAAGAAAGGUCAAGAAGAAGAAGCAACGAAGAAGCGCACACGUAGAACGCAAAAAUUCCAACGUGCUAUUGUUGGGGCUUCUCUCAAUGAUAUUUUGGCUAAACGUAAUCAAAGGCCCGAAGUAAGGAAAGCUCAACGAGAACAAGCGAUUAGAGCUGCAAAAGAAGCUAAAAAGGCUACGAAGGUUCAAAAGAAAGCUACUGCAGCGCCAAAAGCUAAAGCUGCACCUAAAAUCAAAGCAAGUAAAAAUGUGCAAAAAGCUGCACCUAGAGUUGGUGGUAAACGUUAAGUUGAAUGUAUGAUUAAAUAACUUAAUAAAAAAAAUCAGAUUAA